CAGAACCCAGGUCUUUCUGACUCCCAGGCCUGUACUGUACCCACUAGGCAACACUGCUUCUCUAGGCAGCAAAGUAAAAUGUGGACUAGAAGGAGGAGUAAAAGGAUAUAUGGAAGUUAGAAGGAGACUGAUGUAAUAUUCAAGGCAAGAAAUGAUGAGUGCUUAGAACAGAGUGGUAGCAGUAGGGUUGGAAAGGAAAGAGCAGGUUCACUCAAGCUCUAAACAAUAGCACCUCAUAGACUGUAUCAUCAUUCUUCAAGAAGUCUUGAAGAAUAUUCAAAUUACAUUGACCACAUAAGGGGCUAAGUGCUGGACUGACCCUCAUAGCCAAAGUAUUGAAAAGUGGCAUUCAAACCAUUAAGAAAAUUAAAUAUCAAGCUCCUGGAAAGUAAAGAAAUCAGUUAGGCACUCUACGACAAUAUCACAACAGCCUUGUUAGCACAAGGAAAGUAACAAAUGGUUUUUUUUAAUAUUGAAGGAAAAUAAUCAUUUGUCAUUCCAGUUAUACAGUGCUCUUUUAAAAAAAUUCCAGAUUUCUUUGUUUUCUUCAAUUGUCUCCAUCAAUGUAUCUAUUCUAGUAUUAGGCAGUUACAGUACCAUUCUGUUACAAAUCAGCACCUGAAUCCAAAUUUGGCUUAUAGUUCUACAUUGCCAACAGCAUUUUAGCAGCAUAUUGUUUAUUUUAUACAAACAGCAAUGUGUUUUUCAACCCAGAAGUAUAUUUAUGGAUAGCUGUUCAUUUUAUGUAUCCACUCCAAACCAGAACUGAGUUGUUAAUUUUUCUCUGGAAAGCCCAUAUUGGCAUUAAAUGUGUAUUUUUGAAAGGAGAAGAAAAAAAAAAGAAAACUAUGAUGUGCUUUCCCCCCCACCCAGACUUGCACCAGAUAGUCUAGAUUCUUUUUCAUUGCAGUCCGAAGAUGAAGCUUGUAGUGAAGAUAGCAAUACUAGUAGUCUUGAUGCCAGUAUUUCAGAGUCUUCCCAUCUCAUACCACCGAAACUGGUUGAGAUUAUUAAGGGAAGGCAAUAACUGUGGAAAAUGUGAUUUGAAAGUCUGCUCCAAGCCUGAAAACUGUCCAGCUGGGACUGUGUUAGAUCAGUGCGGCUGCUGCCCUGAGUGUGGAAACGUGGAAGGGCAGGUCUGUGAUUUGGAUGGUGGCAGUCAUUUCUAUGGUCAGUGUGGACACCACUUGGAAUGCGUACUGGAUUCUGAAGAGCUGAAGCAUGGGGAAAUCCCCGAACCACAAUGCAUCUGUAAAUCCCAGGAAAGUGUCUGUGGACCGGAAGGCAAGACGUAUGAGAAUAUCUGCCGUUUCAAUGAGGUAUAUUUUCAGAAGAAAACAAAUCUUAGCAUGAAACACAAAGGACCCUGUGAAUCAGCUCCUGUAAUUUCUUUGCCACCUCAAGAUGCACAGAAUUUCACUGGAAGUGACAUCCUUUUUGGAUGUGAAGUUUCAGCCUACCCAAUGCCUCAUCUGGAGUGGAAGAAAAAAGGGAAUAAAAUGUUCCUUCCAGGAUAUGAUGCCCAUAUUUCAAUUCAGGUCAGAGGUGGACCUUUAAAAUAUGGAAUGACAGGAUGGUUGCAGAUUCAAGGUAUCAGAAAAUCCGAUGAAGGUGUUUAUAUCUGCCAUACUAAAAAUAAGUAUGGUUCAGCCUACGCAUCUGCAAGACUGAAAGUUAUAGAUAAUGGUUCAUCAUCCUCAUAUCAACUUACUGCAGGCAACAGAAUCACAAAUUACAAUCCACAUUUUGGAGACUACUAUGAUCAUUUUGAAGAAGAUGAAGAAUACGAAUCUGGAGACUAUGAAAAAGGGAACCAAUUUCUAUAAAAUAUACAUACAGCUCCAGAAUUAUCCAUAUUCAACUGAAUUUCCUAGUGGAAUUUGCAUGGUCUUAUAUGUAAAAUUCCCUGUUAAAGAUGAGUCAAUAAUUUCUAAAUUCUAUUUGGAGUUUAAAAAAUCAGAAUUAACACUCUGUUUGUAAGUAAUAAGCAUUGAGUUCCAAAGGGUGUAGUCAGACGAUUGAUCUUACCUUUCAUCGCACCAUAACUAUGUUGAGAAGGCUGGAAAUAUUAUAGAAUAUUAAAAUUGAACUAAAAAUA